AUGGCAGAUGACGAAGAAUAUGAGGAGGUGGUAGAGUACUACACCGAAGAGACCGUCUAUGAAGAGGUGCCGGGGGAGGCAAUAACAAAGAUCUACGAAACCACGACAACAAGGACAAUACAUUCUGACUAUGAGGAACCCGAAGUUUCCAAACCAGCGCCGGCACAGCCAGUGCCCGCCAAGCCCGUGGAGAGGAAGAGGGUUAUCCGGAAGAAAGCGGACCCUUCAAAGUUCAUGACGCCCUACAUCGCACACAGUCAGAAAAUGCAGGAUCUUUUCAGCACAAAUAAAUAUAAGAAGAACUUUGAGAAAGCAAAAGGACAGCCAUAUGCCAGCACAACUGAUACCCCAGAACUUCGCAGAAUCAAGAAAGUUCAAGAUCAACUCAGUGAGGUUAAGUAUCGGAUGGAUGGCGAUGUUGCUAAAACUAUUUGUCACGUAGAUGAAAAAGCAAAGGACAUCGAACAUGCCAAGAAAGUGUCGCAGCAAGUCAGCAAGGUUUUAUACAAGCAGAACUGGGAGGACACCAAGGAUAAGUACCUGCUUCCUCCUGACGCCCCUGAACUUGUUCAAGCCAUUAAAAACACAGCCAUGUUCAGUAAGAAAUUGUACACUGAAGACUGGGAUGCAGACAAAAAUUUGUUUUACCCAUAUAACGACAGCCCGGAGCUGAGGAGGGUUGCCAACGCCCAGAAGGCGCUCAGUGAUAUUGCCUACAAAAAAGGCCACGUUGAGCAGCAAACUCAAUUCACGUCUCUGGCAGAUCCACCAGAUAUAGAAUUUGCCAAGAAAGUGACCAAUCAAGUGAGCAAGCAAAAAUACAAGGAAGACUAUGAAAAUAAAAUUAAAGGCAAAUGGAGUGAGACACCUUGCUUUGAAAUUGCAACUGCCAGAAUGAAUGCCAACAACAUGAGCUCAAGGAAAUACCAGGAAGACUUUGAGAACCUGAAAGACCAGAUCUACUUCAUGCAGACUGAAACUCCAGAGUACAAAGUGAAUAAACAAGCCGGGAUAACUGCCAGCAAGGUAAAGUACAAAGAAGACUACGAAAAGAACAAAGGAAAAGCAGACUACAAUGUCCUUCCUGCCACAGAGCACCCACUGCUCAAGCAGCUGAAGGCAGCAGGAAACGUCCUCAGCGAUAAAUUAUACAAGGAAAACUACGAAAAGACAAAGGCAAAGAGCAUAAAUUACUGUGAGACUCCCAAAUUUCAGCUCGAUACAGUUCUGCAUAACUUCAGUAGUGAUACUAAAUAUAAAGAUUCCUACUUAAAGAAUAUUUUGGGACAUUAUGUAGGCAGCCCUGAAGAUCCGUAUUACACACAUUGUAUGAAAGUCACAGCUCAAAACAGUGAUAAAAAUUACAAAGCAGAAUAUGAAGAGGACAGAGGCAAGUGCUUCUUCCCCCAGACCAUAACUCAAGAAUAUGAAGCAAUCAAGAAACUAGAUCAGUGCAAAGAUCAUACCUACAAAGUCCACCCAGAGAAGACCAAAUUCACUCAAGUUACUGACUCUCCUGUUCAGUUGCAAGCCCAAGUCAAUUCCAAACAACUGAGUGAUCUAAAUUACAAAGCAAAACAUGAGAAUGAAAAAUUCCAAUGCCAUAUACCUCCAGAUACCCCUGCCUUCAUCCAGCACAAAGUCAACGCUUAUAACCUGAGUGACAAUGUUUAUAAGCAUGACUGGGAGAAGAGCAAAGCGAAGAAGUUUGACAUUAAAGUGGACGCCAUCCCCCUGCUGGCCGCCAAAGCCAACAGCAGGAACGCCAGUGAUGUGAUGUACAAGAAAGACUACGAAAAAAAUAAAGGGAAAAUGAUCGGAGCCCUGAGCAUUAAUGAUGAUCCCAAGAUGCUGCACUCUUUGAAGACGGCCAAGAACCAGAGUGACAGAUUGUACAAGGAAAACUAUGAGAAGACAAAGGCCACGAGCAUGAAUUACUGCGAGACCCCUAAAUAUCAACUUGACACUCUGCUGAAGAACUUUGGCGAGAAUAAAUAUAAAGAUUCAUAUGUGAAGAAUAUCUUGGGACAUUAUGUGGGCACCUUUGAAGACCCUUAUGAAACACACUGCAUGAAAGUGUCAGCUCAAAAUAGUGAUAAGAGCUACAAGGCAGAAUAUGAAGACGACAAAGGGAAGUGCUACUUCCCUCAGACAAUAACCCAAGAAUAUGAAGCCAUCAAGAAGCUAGACCAGUGUAAAGAUCAUACCUAUAAAGUUCCUCCAGAUAAGACCAAAUUCACGGCUGUCACAGACUCUCCUGUACUUCUGCAGGCCCAGCUCAACACGAAACAGCUUAGUGAUCUGAAUUAUAAAGCAAAACAUGAAAGUGAGAAGUUCAAGUGCAAUGUUCCUGCCGACGCUCCACACUUUAUCCAGCACAGAGUCAAUGCUUAUAACCUCAGUGAUAAUGUUUAUAAGCAAGACUGGGAGAAGAGCAAAGCGAAGAAGUUUGACAUUAAAGUGGACGCCAUCCCCCUGCUGGCCGCCAAAGCCAACAGCAGGAACGCCAGUGAUGUGAUGUACAAGAAAGACUACGAAAAAAAUAGAGGGAAAAUGAUUGGAGCCCUGAGCAUUAAUGAUGAUCCCAAGAUGCUGCACUCUUUGAAGACGGCCAAGAACCAGAGUGAUCGCGAAUACCGUAAAGAUUAUGAAAAGUCAAAAACCGUCUACACAACACCUCUUGAUAUGGUCCAAGUCACUCAAGCAAAGAAGUCUCAGGCAAUUGCCAGCGAUGUGGAUUAUAAGCAUCUCCUACACGAUUAUAGCUACCCACCAGACAGCAUCAACCUGGAUCUCGCGAAAAAAGCAUAUGCACUGCAGAGCGAUGUUGAAUACAAAGCGGACUAUAAUAGCUGGAUGAAAGGUUGUGGCUGGGUUCCAUUUGGAUCCUUGGAAAUGGAAAAGGCCAAGCGAGCUUCUGACAUUCUAAACGAGAAAAAAUAUCGCCAACAUCCGGACACUCUCAAGUUUACCUCAAUUGAAGAUGCUCCGAUUACGGUGCAGUCUAAAAUUAACCAGGCCCAGAGGAGUGAUAUCGUUUACAAAGCCAAAGGAGAGGAAAUGCUCCACAAAUACAGCCUGCCAGCAGACCUGCCCCAGUUCAUCCAAGCUAAAGUCAACGCCUACAACAUCAGUGAGAAUAUGUACAAAGCGGACUUGAAAGACUUGAGCAAGAAGGGCUAUGACCUGAGGACCGAUGCGAUUCCCAUCAAAGCUGCCAAAGCGGCCAGGCAGGCAGCGAGUGACUUUCAAUACAAAAAGGAUUACGAAAAAGCCAAAGGGAAAAUGGUUGGCUUCCAAAGUCUGCAAGAUGAUCCCAAAUUGGUUCAUUACGUGAAAGUGGGCAAGCUACAGUCAGACCGGGAGUAUAAGAAAGACUACGAGAAGACAAAGACCAAAUACAACACACCCCAUGACAUGUUCAAUGUUGUGGCAGCUAAGAAAGCUCAGGAUAUUGUCAGCAACAUCAACUAUAAGCAUCCUCUCCAUCAUUACACCUACCUGCCUGACGCCAUGGACCUGGAGUUGUCUAAGAACAUGAUGCAAAUUCAGAGCAAUAAUGUCUACAAGGAGGACUAUAACUCCUGGAUGAAAGGCAUUGGCUGGAUCCCAAUUGGUAGUCUUGAUGUAGAAAAGGUGAAAAAGGCGGGGGAUGCCCUGAAUGAAAAGAAGUACAGGCAGCAUCCAGACACCCUCAAAUUCACCAGCAUCGUCGACUCUCCAGUUAUGGUCCAGGCCAAACAGAACACGCAGCAAGUUAGCGACAUCUUGUAUAAAGCUAAAGGGGAAGAUGUGAAGCACAAAUACACAAUGAGUCCUGAUCUUCCUCAAUUUCUCCAGGCCAAGUGCAAUGCCUACAAUAUCAGUGAUGUGUGUUACAAACGGGACUGGCACGAUUUAAUAGCCAAGGGCAACAAUGUGCUGGGGGACGCCAUUCCCAUCGCUGCGGCCAAGCUGUCAAGGAACAUUGCCAGUGAUUAUAAAUACAAGGAAGCUUACGAAAAGUCCAGGGGAAAGCAUGUGGGUUUCAGGAGCCUCCAAGAUGAUCCCAAGCUGGUCCACUACAUGAAUGUGGCCAAGUUGCAAUCCGAUCGUGAAUACAAGAAGAACUAUGAGAACACCAAAACCAGCUAUCAUACCCCUGGGGACAUGGUCAGCAUAACAGCUGCCAAGAUGGCCCAGGAUGUUGCCACCAACAUCAACUACAAACAGCCGCUACAUCAUUACACCUACCUACCUGAUGCCCUGAGUCUGGAGCACACCAGGAAUGUGAAUCAGAUUCAGAGUGACAAUGUGUACAAAGAUGAAUACAACAACUUCCUCAAGGGCAUCGGAUGGAUCCCUAUUGGCUCCCUGGAGGUUGAGAAAGCCAAAAAAGCAGGCGAAGCCUUAAAUGAGAGAAAAUAUCGACAGCAUCCAGACACCAUCAAGUUCACGAGUGUGCCUGACUCUAUGGGCAUGGUUUUGGCUCAGCAGAACACGAAGCAGCUGAGUGAUUUGAACUACAAGGUGGAGGGGGAGAAACUGAAGCACAAGUACACCAUGGACCCUGAAUUGCCACAGUUCAUUCAAGCCAAGGUCAAUGCUCUCAACAUGAGUGAGGCUCAUUAUAAAGCAGACUGGAAGAAAACCAUUGCCAAGGGCUAUGAUUUGAGAACAGAUGCAAUUCCAAUCGUUGCUGCAAAAAGUUCACGGAAUAUUGCUAGUGAUUGCAAAUAUAAGGAAGCUUAUGAGAAAGCCAAAGGCAAACAAAUUGGAUUCCUCAGUCUGCAGGAUGACCCUAAAUUGGUUCACUAUAUGAAUGUGGCCAAAAUCCAGUCAGACCGUGAGUACAAAAAAGGCUACGAAGCCAGCAAGACCAGUUAUCACAUCCCCAUGGAUAUGUUCAGCGUGACAGCUGCCAAGAAGUCUCAGGAAGUUGCGACCGGCAUCAACUACAAACAGCCCUUCCACAACUACACACUGCUGCCCGACGCCUUGAAUGUGGAACACUCCCGGAAUGCCAUGCAGAUUCAGAGCGAUAACCUCUACAAAUCUGACUUCACCAGCUGGAUGAAAGGAAUUGGCUGGGUCCCCCUAGAGUCGCUGGAGGUGGAGAAGGCCAGGAAAGCAGGGGAGAUUCUCAGUGAGAGGAAGUAUCGGCAGCACCCGGAGAAGCUGAAGUUCACCUACUCCAUGGACACCAUGGAACAAGUGCUCAACAAGAGCAACAAACUGAACAUGAAUAAGAGACUGUACACUGAAAAAUGGAACAAAGACAAGACCACCAUUCAUGUCAUGCCUGAUACUCCAGAUAUUUUACUCUCCAAAGUAAACCAAAUCACCAUGAGCGAUAAACUGUACAAAGCUGGCUGGGAAGAAGAGAAGAAGAAAGGAUAUGACCUGAGACCGGAUGCUAUUUCAAUAAAGGCUGCAAGAGCCUCAAGAGACAUCGCCAGUGACUACAAAUACAAGCAAGCCUAUGAACAAGCCAAAGGGAAACACAUUGGCUUCCGGAGCCUAGAGGACGACCCCAAGCUAGUGCACUUCAUGCAGGUGGCCAAGAUGCAGUCAGAUCGCGAGUACAAGAAGGGCUAUGAGAAAUCCAAGACAUCCUUCCACACCCCAGUGGACAUGUUCAGUGUGGUGGCCGCCAAGAAAUCCCAGGAAGUGGCUACCAAUGCCCACUACAGAAAUGUGAUCCACACCUACAACCUGCUUCCCGACGCCAUGAGCUUUGAACUGGCCAAAAAUAUGAUGCAGAUUCAAAGUGAUAAUCAGUACAAAGCUGACUAUGCCGACUUCAUGAGGGGCAUUGGGUGGCUCCCUCUGGGCUCCCUGGAGGCCGAGAAAAACAAGAAAGCCAUGGAGAUCAUUAGUGAUAAGAAGUACCGGCAGCACCCAGACAAGCUGAAAUAUUCCACACUGAUGGACUCAAUGAGCAUGGUUCUGGCCCAGAAUAAUGCCAAAAUCAUGAAUGAACGCCUGUACAAACAAGCCUGGGAGGCAGACAAGACCAGAGUCCACGUCACGCCUGACAGCCCCCAGAUCCUUCUGGCAAAGGCAAACGCUAUUAAUAUGAGCGAUAAACUCUACAAACUCUCUUUAGAAGAAUCUAGAAAGAAAGGCUACGAUCUCAGAACCGAUGCAAUUCCUAUCAAAGCUGCCAAAGCAUCAAGAGACAUUGCAAGUGAUCAUAAAUACAAGUACAAUUAUGAAAAGGAGAGGGGGAAAAUGGUUGGUUUCCGCAGUCUUGAGGAUGACCCCAAAUUAGUCCAUUCCAUGCAAGUGGGUAAGAUGCAGUCUGACCGGGAGUACAAGAAAAACUAUGAGAAGACAAAGACCAGUUACCAUACUCCUGCGGACAUGCUUAGUGUCAUGGCUGCCAAGGAUGCCCAAGCCAACAUCAGCAACACUAACUACAAGCGCCUGAUUCACAAGUACAUCCUCCUUCCAGACGCAAUGACCAUUGAGCAGAGCAGGCAUAUGAAGCACAUACAGAGCGAUAAUGACUAUAAGCAGGACUACAAUGAAUGGUACAAAGGGCUUGGCUGGAGUCCAGCUGGUUCUCUAGAAGUGGAGAAGGCCAAGAAGGCAACCGAAUAUGCAAGUGACCAGAAAUACCGGCAGCACCCUAGCACCUUCCAGUUUAAGAAGCUGACCGACUCCAUGGACAUGGUGCUUGCCAAGCAGAACGCUCACACCAUGAACAGGCAUUUAUAUACCAUUGAUUGGAAUAAAGAUAAAACCAAGAUUCACGUUAUGCCAGAUACACCAGAUAUUUUACAGGCGAAGCAGAAUCAAACGCUAUACAGUCAGAAACUCUAUAAACUUGGAUGGGAAGAAGCUUUGAAGAAAGGCUAUGAUCUCCCAGUUGAUGCAAUUUCUGUACAGCUGGCCAAAGCUUCCGGAGAUAUUGCUAGUGAUCAUAAAUACAAGCAAGGCUACCGCAAGCAACUUGGUCACCAUAUUGGAUUCCGGAGUGUGCAAGAUGACCCGAAACUGGUAUUGUCCAUGAAUGUGGCCAAAAUGCAGAGUGACCGAGAGUACAAGAAGGACUUUGAGAAGUGGAAGACCAAGUACUCCAGCCCAGUGGACAUGCUGGGGGUGGUGCUGGCCAAGAAGUGUCAGGCCUUGGUCAGUGACAUCGACUACAGGAACAGGCUGCAUCAAUGGACGUGUCUACCUGACCAGAAUGAUGUUAUUCAAGCGAAAAAAGUUUAUGAACUACAGAGUGAGAAUAUGUACAAGGCUGACCUUGAGUGGCUGAAGGGCAUAGGAUGGAGUCCUUUGGGUUCAUUGGAGGCAGAAAAAAAUAAGCGGGCGUCAGAGAUCAUCAGUGAUAAGAAAUACCGCCAGCCACCAGACAAAAACAAGUUCACCAGCAUUCCCGAUGCCAUGGACAUCGUCUUGGCAAAGUCAAAUGCCAAAAAUAGGAGUGACAGACUAUAUAGAGAAGCUUGGGACAAGGACAAGACUCAAAUCCACAUCAUGCCUGAUACACCUGACAUUAUUUUGGCUAAAGCAAAUUUAAUCAAUACAAGUGAUAAACUCUACCGAAUGGGUUAUGAGGAACUGAAGAAAAAGGGUUAUGAUCUUCCCCUGGACGCAAUACCAAUCAAAGCGGCAAAAGCUUCCCGGGAAAUUGUCAGUGAUUACAAGUACAAAGAAGGCUAUCGCAAGCAGCUAGGCCACCACAUUGGGGCCCGGGCUGUACAUGAUGACCCCAAGAUGAUGUGGUCCAUGCAUGUGGCCAAGAUCCAGAGUGACCGGGAGUACAAGAAGGACUUUGAGAAGUGGAAGACCAAAUACUCCAGCCCAGUGGACAUGCUGGGCGUGGUGCUGGCCAAGAAGUGCCAGAUUCUUGUUAGCGACAUCGACUACAAAAACAUCCCGCAUCAGUGGACCUGCCUGCCUGACCAGAAUGAUGUCAUCCACGCUCGGCAGGCCUAUGACCUCCAGAGUGAUAAUUUGUACAAGGCUGAUCUUCAGUGGCUAAAAGGCAUUGGUUGGCAGCCUAGUGGUUCUCUUGAGGAUGAGAAGAACAAAAGAGCCACCCAGAUUUUGAGUGACCAUGUUUACCGUCAACACCCAAAUAAAUUCACGUUUUCCAGCCUCAUGGAUUCCAUGCCAAUGGUUUUGGCAAAAAACAAUGCUAUUACCAUGAACCACCACCUUUACACAGAAGCUUGGGAUAAAGAUAAAACCACUAUUCACAUCAUGCCAGACACCCCUGAAGUUAUGCUGGCUAAACAAAACAAGAUAAACUAUAGUGAGAAACUAUAUAAACUUGGCCUAGAAGAAGCCAGGAAGAAAGGCUAUGAUAUGCGACUAGAUGCCAUUCCCAUCCGGACAGCGAAAGCUUCCAGGGACAUUGCAAGUGAAUACAAGAAGGACUUUGAGAAGUGGAAGACCAAGUACUCCAGCCCAGUGGACAUGCUGGGGGUGGUGCUGGCCAAGAAGUGCCAGAUUCUUGUUAGCGACAUCGACUACAAGCAUCCCAUCCAUGAGUGGACCUGCCUGCCUGAUCAGAAUGACGUCAUCCACGCUCGGCAGGCCUAUGACCUCCAGAGUGAUAACAUUUAUAAAGCUGAUCUCCAGUGGCUGAGAGGCAUUGGCUGGGUCCCCAUUGGGUCCCUGGAUGUGGUCAAGUGCAAGAGAGCUACAGAAAUACUGAGUGAUAACAUCUACCGGCAGCCUCCAGACAAGCUGAAAUUUACCAGUGUGACUGACUCCCCAGAACAGGUGCUGGCCAAGAGCAAUGCCAUCACCAUGAACAAGCGCUUAUACACCGAGGCCUGGGAUAAAGACAAGACUCAAAUCCAUAUAAUGCCUGAUACGCCGGAGAUCAUGUUGGCAAGACAGAACAAAAUCAACUACAGCGAGAACGUUUAUAAAGCUGAUCUCCUCGCGAAUGAAGAAGCAAAGAAGAAAGGCUAUGACCUGCGGAGCGACGCCAUCCCCAUCGUGGCAGCCAAGGCCUCCAGGGACAUCGCCAGUGAUUACAAAUACAAAGAAGCUUAUCGUAAGCAACUGGGCCACCACAUUGGCGCCCGGGCCGUGCAUGAUGACCCCAAGAUAAUGUGGUCCCUCCACAUUGCCAAAGUGCAGAGUGACCGUGAGUAUAAGAAGGAAUUUGAGAAAUAUAAGACAAGGUACAGCAGCCCAGUGGACAUGCUCGGUAUCGUGUUAGCCAAAAAAUGUCAAACCUUGGUCAGCGACGUGGACUACAAGCAUCCCCUGCAUGAGUGGACCUGCCUGCCCGACCAGAAUGACGUCAUUCAGGCGCGGAAAGCCUAUGAUCUCCAGAGUGACAAUUUGUAUAAGGCAGACCUGGAAUGGAUGAAGGGCAUUGGCUGGGUUCCUAUUGGUUCCUUGGAAGUUGUGAAAGCCAAGAGGGCCACAGAGAUACUGAGUGAUAAUAUCUACCGUCAACGACCAGACAAACUCAAGUUCACAAGUAUAACGGACUCUCCAGAGCAGGUGCUGGCCAAGAACAAUGCUAUCACCAUGAAUAAGCGCUUAUACACUGAAGCCUGGGACAAUGACAAGAAAUCAAUUCAUGUCAUGCCUGAUACACCAGAAAUCAUGCUAGCCAAACUCAACCGAAUCAACUACAGUGAGAGACUCUAUAAACUGGCCCUGGAGGAGUCCAAGAAGGAAGGGUGUGACUUGCGUUUGGACGCCAUCCCAAUCCAAGCAGCCAAGGCUUCCAGAGAGAUCGCCAGUGACUACAAGUACAAGGAAGGCUAUCGCAAGCAGCUCGGCCACCACAUUGGGGCCCGGAACAUCCAGGACGACCCCAAGAUUAUGUGGUCCAUGCAUGCAGCCAAGAUCCAGAGUGACCGGGAGUACAAGAAGGACUUUGAGAAGUGGAAGACCAAGUACUCCAGCCCAGUGGACAUGCUGGGGGUGGUGCUGGCCAAGAAGUGCCAGAUUCUUGUUAGCGACAUCGACUACAAGCAUCCCAUCCAUGAGUGGACCUGCCUGCCUGACCAGAAUGAUGUCAUCCACGCUCGGAAGGCCUAUGACCUCCAGAGUGAUGCUAUUUAUAAGGCUGAUCUUGAGUGGCUGAGAGGCAUCGGAUGGGUUCCCAUUGGCUCUGUCGAGGUUGAGAAGGUGAAGCGAGCUGGAGAAAUCCUGAGUGACAGGAAGUACCGACAGCCUGCAGACCAGCUCAAGUUCACAUGCAUUACAGACACUCCAGAAAUUGUCCUGGCAAAGGCCAAUGCCCUGACGAUGAGCAAGCACUUAUAUACAGAAGCCUGGGAUACCGACAAAACCUCCAUCCACGUGAUGCCAGACACUCCUGAAAUCAUGCUGGCCAAGAGCAAUUCUCUCAAUGUCAGCAACAAACUUUACACUAAGGGAUGGGAUGAAUCAAAGAUGAAAGACUAUGACCUGAGAGCCGAUGCUAUUUCCAUCAAAAGUGCCAAGGCCUCCAGGGACAUCGCCAGUGAUUACAAAUACAAAGAAGCCUAUGAGAAGCAGAGAGGCCACCACAUCGGCGCGCAGAGUGUGGAAGACGACCCCAAGAUUAUGUGUGCCAUCCAUGCAGGGAAGAUUCAGAGUGAAAGGGAGUACAAGAAGGAUUUCCAGAAGUGGAAGACCAAGUACAGUAGCCCAGUGGACAUGCUGGGCAUCUUGCUGGCCAAGAAAUGCCAGAUUCUGGUCAGUGACAUAGAUUAUCGGAACUACCUGCACAACUGGACGUGCCUGCCUGAUCAGAAUGACGUUAUCCAAGCCAAGAAGGCCUACGAGCUACAGAGUGAUAAUGUGUAUAAAGCAGACCUGGAGUGGCUGCGCGGCAUCGGCUGGAUGCCAGAAGGCUCCGUGGAAAUGACCAGAGUGAAGGGCGCUCAGGACCUUGUGAAUGAAAAACUCUACAGAACGCGACCAGAAGCCUUGACAUUUACUUGCAUUGUUGACACCCCGGAUGUUGUCCUGGCAAAAGCCAAUUCUCUGCAAAUGAGUGGGAAGCUGUAUCAGGAAGCAUGGAAUAAAGACAAGACCAACAUCAGCAUCCCUUCGGACACCCCGGUCAUGCUGCAGGCCCAGAUCAAUGCCCUGCAAGCCAGCAAUAAACUCUACCAAAAGGCCUGGGAUGAGGCCAAGCAGAAAGGCUACGAUAUCAGAGCGGAUGCCAUUGAAAUCACGCACGCGAAAGCCUCGAGAGAGAUCGCCAGCGAGUACAAAUACAAAGAAGGUUACCGGAAGCAACUGGGCCACCACGUGGGUUUCCGUAGUCUACAAGAUGAUCCCAAGUUGGUGUGGUCAAUACAUGCUGCCAAGAUUCAGAGUGACAGAGAAUAUAAGAAAGCUUAUGAGAAGUCGAAAGGAAUUCACAAUACACCAUUGGACAUGAUGUCCAUUGUUCAGGCCAAGAAGUGCCAGGUCCUGGUUAGCGACAUUGAUUAUCGCAAUUACCUUCACCAGUGGACAUGCCUGCCAGAUCAGAAUGAUGUGAUCCAGGCGAAGAAAGCCUAUGAACUGCAGAGCGAUGCCAUCUACAAAGCUGACUUGGAGUGGUUGCGUGGCAUUGGCUGGCUGCCAGAAGGGUCUCCUGAAGUAUUGAGAGUCAAAAAUGCCCAGGAGAUCCUACGAGACAGUGUCUAUCGGACACCCGUGGUGAAACUGAAGUACACAAGUAUCGUUGACACUCCUGAAGUUGUCCUCGCUAAAUCAAACGCUGAAAAUAUUAGUAUUCCAAAAUACAGAGAAGUUUGGGACAAGGAUAAAACAUCCAUCCACAUAAUGCCAGAUACUCCAGAAAUUAAUCUGGCAAGAGCAAAUGCUCUUAACGUGAGCAAUAAAAUUUACCGAGAAGGCUGGGACGAGGUGAAGAUGAGCUGUGAUGUGCGACUAGACGCCAUCCCUAUCCAGGCAGCCAAGGCCUCCCGGGAGAUCGCCAGUGACUACAAAUACAAGCUGGACCACGAGAAGCAGAAAGGACACUACGUGGGCACCCUGACAGCCAGGGAUGACAACAAGAUCCGCUGGGCCCUCAUAGCUGGCAAGAUUCAGAAUGAAAGAGAGUACCGGCUCCAAUGGGCCAAAUGGAAGUCCAAGAUCCAAAGUCCUGUGGAUAUGCUUUCCAUCUUACAUUCUAAAAAAUGUCAGAUUCUGGUCAGUGACAUCGAUUACCGUAAUCGCCUUCACCAGUGGACAUGUCUGCCUGACCAGAACGAUGUGAUUCAGGCCAAGAAAGCCUAUGAACUACAGAGUGAUGCUGUUUACAAGGCUGAUUUGGAAUGGUUACGUGGCAUUGGGUGGAUGCCAAAUGAUUCCGUUUCUGUCAAUCUCGCAAAACACGCUGCAGAUAUCUUCAGUGAGAAAAAAUAUCGCACAAAAAUAGAAUCUCUCAACUUUACCCCUGUGGAUGACAGAGUGGAUUAUGUGACAGCAAAGCAAAGUGGCGAGAUCCUGGAUGAUAUUAAGUAUCGGAAAGAUUGGAAUGACAACAAAUACAAGUACACCCUCACAGAAACCCCGCUGCUACACACUGCCCAGGAGGCAGCCCGGAUCCUGGACCAGUACCUGUACAAGGAAGGCUGGGAGAAGCAAAAGGCCACUGGUUACAUCCUGCCUCCUGAUGCUGUGCCGUUCGUUCAUGCCCAUCACUCCAGCGAUGUGCAGAGUGAGCUGAAAUACAAAGCUGAACACGUAAAGCAAAGGGGCCACUAUGUCGGCGUUCCGACCAUGAGAGAUGACCGUAAACUGGUUUGGUUUGAGCAUGCCGGCCAGAUUCAGAACGACAGGCUAUACAAAGUGGACUAUCACAAAACCAAAUCCAAAGUCAACAUACCUGCCGAUAUGGUGUCAGUCUUGGCUGCCAAGCAGGGGCAGAACCUUGUCAGUGACAUUGAUUACCGGAAUUACCUGCACCAGUGGACGUGCCACCCUGACCAAAAUGAUGUGAUUCAGGCCAGGAAGGCCUAUGACCUACAGAGUGACAACAUCUAUAAAGCCGACCUGGAAUGGCUCCGAGGCAUUGGCUGGAUCCCCCUGGAUUCUGUGGACCACUUGAGAGUUACUAGGAACCAGGAAAUGGUGAAUCAGAUAAAAUAUAAAAAAGGUGCUCUUGACAACUACCCUAAUUUUACAAGUGUGGUAGAUCCUCCAGAGAUUGUGUUGGCCAAGAUUAACUCAGUCAAUCAAAGUGAUGUAAAAUAUAAAGAAACUUUUAAUAAAGCCAAGGGCAAGUAUACGUUUUCUCCAGACACACCACAUAUCACCCACUCCAAGGCCAUGGGGAAGCUCUAUAGCAUGAUACUGUACAAAGGAGCCUGGGAGGGAACCAAGGCCUACGGCUAUACUUUGGAUGAGCGCUAUAUUCCCAUUGUUGGAGCCAAGCAUGCGGACUACGUGAAUAGUGAGCUUAAAUACAAAGAGAUAUAUGAAAAGCAGAAGGGCCACUACCUAGCUGGAAAAGAAAUCAGUGAGUUCCCUGGUGUGGUUCACUGUCUGGAUUUCCAAAAACUGAGGAGUGCGUUGAACUACAGGCGAGAUUACGAGGACACCAAAGCAAAUGUGCAUAUCCCCAAUGACAUGAUGAAUCACGUGCUGGCUAAAAAAUGCCAGUACAUCCUCAGCGACCUGGAGUAUCGGCACUACUUUCACCAGUGGACCUCUCUUCCGGAAGAACCCAACGUUAUACGUGCCCGAAAUGCCCAGGAGAUCUUGAGUGAUAACGUGUACAAAGAGGACUUGAACUGGCUGAAAGGCAUCGGCUGCUACGUUUGGGAUACGCCCCAGAUCCUGCAUGCCAAGAAAUCGUAUGAUCUCCAGAGUCAGAUACAAUACACAGCAGCAGGUAAAGAAAACCUGCAAAACUACAAUAUGGUCACAGACACGCCACUUUAUGUGACUGCUGUUCAAAGUGGCAUCAAUGCCAGCGAGGUGAAAUACAAAGAAAAUUAUCACCAGAUUAAAGAUAAAUACACAACCAUUCUAGAAACAGUGGACCACGGCAGAAUCAAGAAUCUAAAGAAUCUUUAUAGCAGUAACCUGUACAAGGAGGCCUGGGAUAGAGUGAAAGCCACCAGCUACAUUCUGCCUUCCAGUGCCGUGUCCCUGACCCACGCCAAGAACCUGAAACAUCUAGCCAGCAUUAACAAGUACCGGGAGGAAUACGAGAAGUUCAAAGCUCUCUAUACUUUACCGAAAAGCGUGGACGAUGAUCCCAACACAGCGAGGUGCCUCCGGGUUGGCAAAUUCAACAUUGACCGCCUGUACCGAUCGGUUUACGAAAAGAACAAGAUGAAAAUCCACAUGGUACCCGACAUGGUGGAGAUGGUCACUGCUAAGAACACGCAGAAGAAAGUCAGUGAGAUUGAUUACCGCCGACACCUCCACGAGUGGAUUUGCCACCCCGACUUGCAAGUCAACAGUCACGUCCGGAAAGUCACGGAUCAGAUCAGCGAUAUUGUGUACAAAGAUGACCUCACCUGGCUGAAAGGCAUCGGCUGCUAUGUCUGGGACACUCCUGAAAUUCUCCAUGCCAAGCAUGCUUAUGAUCUGCGCAACGAUAUCAAAUACAAAUCGCACGUGCAGAAAACAAAGAAUAACUACAAGUUGGUCACUGAUACACCAGUCUACGUCCAAGCUGUCAAGAGUGGGAAACAGCUAAGUGAUGCUGUCUACCACCAUGACUACAUCCACAGUGUCAGAGGUAAAGUGGCCCCAACUACUAAAACGGUGGAUCUGGACCGUGCACUGCAUGCCUACAAGCUCCAGAGUGAGAACUUGUACCGACGUGGCCUGCGUUUCCUGCCCACUGGAUAUCGGCUCCCUGUUGACACCCCUCACUUCAAACACAACAAAGACACCCGAUACAUGAGCAGCUAUUUCAAGUACAAAGAAGUUUAUGAGCACAUCAAAGCAAAUGGGUAUACACUUGGCCCCAAGGAUGUUCCAUUUGUCCAUGUGCGGAGGGCCAACAAAGUUACCAGCGAGAGACUGUAUCGAGAAUUGUACCACAAACUGAAAGACAAGAUCCACACAACGCCUGACACACCUGAAAUCCGCCAAGUCAAAAAGACGCAGGAAGCCGUCAGCGAGUUGAUCUACAAAUCAGACUUCUUCAAGAUGCAGGGCCACAUGAUUUCUCUACCAUACACGCCCCAAGUGAUCCACUGCCGCUACGUGGGAGACAUUACCAGCGAUAUUAAAUACAAAGAAGACCUGCAGGUCCUGAGGGGCCUGGGCUGUUUCCUGUACGACACUCCUGACAUGGUCCGGUCCCGCCAUCUGCGGAAGCUAUGGUCUAAUUACGUGUACACUGACAAUGCAAGGAAGAUGCGUGACAAAUACCAAGUGGUUCUCGACACACCCGAAUACAGAAAAGUACAGGAGCUGAAGACUCAUCUGAGUGAGUUGGUGUACAGAGCUUCGGGCAAGAAGCAAAAGUCGAUCUUCACUUCAAUUCCUGACACGCCUGAUCUUUUACGAGCCAAGCGAGGGCACAAGCUGCAGAGUCAGUAUCUGUAUGUUGAACUUGCCACCAAAGAGAGACCUCAUCAUCACGCUGGCAACCAGACCACAGCCUUGAAGCAUGCUAAAGAAGUCAAGGACAUGGUCAGCGAGAAAAAGUACAAGAUCCAGUAUGAGAAGAUGAAGGACAGAUACACCCCAGUUCCAGAUACACCAAUCCUGAUCAGAGCCAAGAAGGCCUACUGGAACGCCAGUGAUCUACGCUACAAAGAAACGUUUGAAAAAACUAAAGGGAAGUAUCACACUGUGAAAGACGCUCUGGACAUCGUUUAUCAUCGCAAAGUCACAGAUGACAUCAGUAAAGUGAAAUACAAGGAGAAUUACAUGAGCCAGUUGGGAAUCUGGAGGUCCAUUCCUGACCGCCCAGAGCAUUUCCACCACAGGGCAGUCACCGACGCAGUCAGUGAUGUAAAAUAUAAACAAGAUUUGACCUGGCUGAAGGGCAUUGGCUGCUAUGCCUUUGACACCCCUGACUUAACUCUGGCCGAAAAGAACAAGACUCUCUACAGCAAGUACAAGUAUAAAGAGGUGUUUGAAAGGACGAAGUCAGAUUUCAAGUAUGUUGCUGACUGUCCAAUCAAUAGACACUUCAAGCAUGCAACUCAAUUGAUGAACGAGAAAAAAUACCGGGCUGAUUAUGAGCAGCGGAAAGAUAAAUACCACCUGGUGGUUGAUGAGCCUAGACAUGUGCUGGCUAAGACCGCAGGCGAGCAGAUCAGCCAGAUCAAGUACAGGAAAAAAUAUGAAAAAUCAAAAGACAAGUUCACCUCCAUUGUGGACACGCCAGAGCACCUUCGGACUACGAAAGUUAACAAGCAGAUCAGUGAUAUUCUGUAUAAACUGGAAUACAACAAGGCCAGACCCAGAGGCUACACUUCAAUCCACGACACCCCCAUGCUGCUGCACGUCCGCAAGGUUAAGGAUGAAGUCAGUGAUCUGAAAUACAAAGAAGUUUACCAAAGAAAUAAAUCCAACUGCACCAUUGAGCCAGAUGCUGUUUACAUCAAAGCAGCCAAGGAUGCCUACAAAGUCAACACCAACCUGGACUACAAAAAGCUGUAUGAAGCGAACAAAGCCCACUGGAAGUGGAUCCCUGACCGACCGGACUUCCUCCAAGCAGCCAAGUCAUCCCUGCAGCAGAGCGACUUUGAGUACAAGCUGGACCGCGAGUUCCUCAGGGGUUGCAAGCUUUCCGUCACUGAUGAUAAAGACAUGGUGCUGGCCCUGAGGAAUUCUUUGAUCGAAAGUGAUCUGAAAUACAAAGAGAAACAUGUCAAGGAAAGAGGCAUCUGCCAUGCCGUGCCCGACACUCCUCAGAUCCUUCUGGCAAAGACUGUCAGCCAUCUGGUAUCCGAGAACAAGUACAAGGACCAUGUCAAGAAGCACCUGGCCCAGGGCUCAUACACCACACUGCCAGAGACCCGGGACACUGUGCACGUUAAGAAAGUGACCAAGCAUGUCAGUGACACCAAUUACAAAAAGAAGUAUGUGAAGGAGAAAGGAAAAUCCAACUACUCCAUUAUGCUGGAGCCACCAGACGUGAAGCACGCCAUGGAAGUGGCCAAGAAGCAGAGCAAUGUCGCUUACAAAAAAGAUGCCAAAGAUAAACUACAUUACACCACGGUGGCAGAUCGGCCAGACAUCAAGAAGGCCACACAGGCAGCCAAGCAGGCCAGUGAGGUGGAAUACAGAGCUAAGCACCGCAAGGAAGGCAGCCACGGCUUAAGCAUGCUUGGUCGCCCAGACAUUGAAAUGGCCAAGAAGGCAGCCAAGCUGAGCAGCCAGGUUAAAUAUCGAGAAAAUUUUGACAAAGAGAAAGGCAAGACACCAAAAUACAAUCCAAAAGACAGCCAACUCUACAAAAUCAUGAAAGAUGCUAAUAAUCUCGCAAGCGAGGUGAAAUAUAAGGCAGACCUAAAGAAACUCCACAAACCUGUGACUGACAUGAAGGAAUCUCUGAUAAUGAAUCACGUCCUGAACACAAGCCAACUUGCCAGUUCGUACCAGUACAAGAAGAAAUACGAGAAGAGUAAAGGCCACUACCUCACCAUCCCCGAUAAUCUGGAGCAGCUGCAUCUCAAAGAGGCCACCGAACUGCAGAGCAUCGUGAAAUACAAGGAAAAGUAUGAAAAGGAACGAGGAAAACCCAUGUUGGAUUUUGAGACCCCAACAUAUGUCACUGCCAAAGAGUCUCAGCAAAUGCAGAGUGGGAAGGAAUAUAGGAAAGAGUACGAAGAGUCCAUUAAAGGACGGAACCUGACGGGCCUGGAGGUCACGCCAGCUUUACUGCAUGUCAAAUAUGCCACCAAAAUAGCCAGCGAGAAAGAAUACCGGAAAGAUCUGGAAGAAAGCAUUCGUGGGAGGGGCCUCACGGAUAUGGAAGAUACCCCUGACAUGCUAAGGGCAAAGAAUGCCACUCAGAUUCUCAAUGAGAAAGACUACAAGAGAGACCUGGAGCUGGAAGUCAAAGGAAGAGGUCUGAAUGCCAUGGCCAAUGAGACUCCAGACUUCAUGAGGGCCAGGAAUGCUACUGAUAUUGCCAGUCAGAUUAAAUAUAAGCAAUCAGCAGAAAUGGAAAAAGCCAAUUUCACCUCUGUGGUUGAUACUCCGGAGAUCAUUCAUGCCCAACAAGUCAAGAAUCUCUCAAGCCAGAAAAAGUACAAGGAAGAUGCCGAGAAGUGCAUGUCGUAUUAUGAGACCGUUUUGGACACCCCCGAGAUGCAGAGGGUGCGGGAGAACCAAAGGAACUUCAGCCUUCUCCAAUACCAGUGGGACCUUAAAAACAGCAAAGGAAGAAUUACAGUUGUUCAAGACACACCAGAAAUACUGCGUGUGAAAGAAAAUCAAAAAAAUUUCAGCUCGGUCUUAUAUAAAGAAGACCUCUCCCCAGGAACGGCGAUCGGAAAGACACCGGAGAUGAUGAGGGUGAAGCAGACCCAGGACCACAUUAGCUCGGUGAAGUAUAAGGAAGUGAUUGGACAGGGAACACCGAUUUCUGACCUGCCUGAAGUGAAACGCGUCAAGGAAACUCAGAAGCACAUCAGCUCGGUUAUGUACAAAGAAAACUUGGGAACAGGCAUUCCAACCCCUGUCACUCCAGAGAUUGAAAGAGUCAGACGCAAUCAAGAGAACUUUAGCUCGGUUUUGUACAAAGAAAAUUUGGGGAAGGGAACCCCAACACCUAUCACCCCAGAGAUGGAGAGAGUCAAACGCAAUCAAGAGAACUUUAGCUCGGUGUUAUACAAGGAAAACAUGGGCAAGGGCACGCCUUUGCCCACCACUCCAGAGAUGGAGAGAGUCAGACACAAUCAAGAAAACAUUAGCUCGGUUUUGUACAAAGAAAAUAUGGGGAAAGCUACCCCAACCCCUGUUACUCCAGAGAUGCAGAGAGUGAAACGCAAUCAAGAGAACAUUAGCUCGGUGUUGUACAAAGAGAAUUUGGGGAAGGCAACCCCCACACCCUUUACUCCUGAGAUGGAAAGAGUCAAACGCAAUCAAGAAAACUUUAGCUCGGUACUGUACAAAGAGAACAUGAGCAAGGCAACGCCGACCCCUGUGACCCCAGAGAUGGAGCGAGCUAAGCGCAACCAAGAGAACAUUAGCUCGGUGCUGUACUCUGACAGUUUCCGCAAACAAAUCCAGGGCAAAGCCGCCUAUGUCUUGGACACGCCAGAGAUGAGACGGGUGAGGGAGACUCAGCGCCACAUCUCCACAGUGAAAUACCACGAAGACUUUGAGAAGCACAAGAGCUGUUUCACACCAGUGGUGACAGACCCUAUCACAGAACGCGUCAAGAAGAACACACAGGACUUCAGCGACAUUAGCUACCGAGGGAUUCAGAGGAAAGUGGUAGAAAUGGCACAGAAACGAAAUGAACAGGACCAGGAGAUGAUCACAGGCCUGCGCGUCUGGCGUACUAAUCCAGGCUCCGUGUUUGACUACGACCCAGCGGAAGACAACAUUCAGUCUCGAAGCUUACACAUGGCCAAUGUACAAGCUCAGCGCAGGAGCCGGGAGCACUCACGAUCCGGAUCUGCCAGUGCCCUGAGCAUCAGUGGGGGAGAGGAGAAGUCUGAGCACUCUGAAGCUGCUGACCACCAUCUCUCCACCUACAGUGACGGCGGUGUCUUCUUCAACGCGACAUCCACAGUUUAUAAACAUGCAAAAACCACAGAGCUCCCACAACAGCGGUCAUCUUCAGUUGCUACCCAACAGACUACAGUGUCUUCUAUCCCAUCUCAUCCAUCCACUGCGGGAAAAAUCUUCCGUGCCAUGUAUGACUACAUGGCCGCUGAUGCAGAUGAGGUAUCCUUCAAAGAUGGCGAUGCUAUUGUCAAUGUUCAAGCUAUUGAUGAAGGCUGGAUGUACGGCACCGUGCAGAGGACCGGUAGAACUGGAAUGCUUCCAGCCAACUAUGUUGAAGCUAUUUAGGUGCUCCAAAGCACUGACCACUCUUCUCUAUCACCCAAGUUCUAAAACUACUGCCUACUUGAUUGUGCCAACCUUAAUGUGGUUUUCCAUGUUAACCCUACUAAAUUUCCCAGUAAAACAGAUGCUUCCAUCACCAACGUUUGCAAGUAAGCUAGAUUUCCUUUCCUAUGUGGACUUACACAUAAAAACUUUCUGGAUUUGCAACAUCAAACCUAAAGUGUUUUUUUUAACUGGUACUAUAAGAUUUCCUGGAUUUUAAAACUUUGGAAAGAUACUGCAAUUUUCUUGUUCGAUCAACACUUAGUCUCUUUCCACUAUGAAAAUUUUUCUAAAACAGGGAUGCUUAGCAUACUAAACAUUUAAGAUGGCAGUCACCUUUUCCUUGCUUACCGAUUGCUGAUGCUUGUAUUUCAAAUCUAGAAAAGCUGGUAUUUAAUGUAAACUGAAAUUGGUAACUAAUAAAAUCUAUUGUGCAACAAG